GAAAGCGUCAGUUGAACGCGGAACUCGUUGGAUCUAGGUGCCUACUGAAGCAUUAUACCACAGAAAUCUUCGUACAAUGCCUACCUACAAGCUGAUAUACUUCAACGUCACAGGGCUUGGCGAGCCAAUCAGGCUUCUGCUGCACCAGAGCGGCAUCAAGUUCGAAGACAAGAGGAUGGCCUUUGAGGAAUGGCCUGAUGUUAAACCUAAAAUGCCGAUGGGCCAGGUACCUGUUUUGGAGAUCGACGGAAAACCUCACCACCAGUCAAAGGCGAUCUGCCGUCUCAUCGCGAGAAAAAAUAAUCUCUACGGCGCGAAUGAGGAAGAGUCUUAUCAAAUCGAUGCUACCAUUGAGACCAUCGAUGAUUUGAGACAAGCAAUCUCGCAGUACUACUGGGAAGAGGAUCCCGCGUUCAAAGCGAGGCUGAAGGAAACUGCUUUGAAGAAACUCCCUGUCUACGUUGACAAGUUCGAGGAACAAGUUAAGAAGAAUGGCGGAUUCUUCGUUGGUGGAAAGUUAACCUGGGCAGACCUUAUGUACACCGGGUACACGGAAACCCUGUCCGCCAUGACAGAGUCUGAACUGAACAAGGAUCAUCCUGAACUGCAGAAGUUGGUGGCGAAAGUAAGGGCGUUGCCAAACAUUAAGGCUUACCUGGACAAACGACCCAAAACACUGUUCUGAGUACUCAGGCAAAUUGAAAUUUUCCAUCCUUAUCGCUAACCGGGGAUGGCGAAGAGUUUAUCAACCGCAACGUUAUCCACCGAUAAUUUUUCACUUCUCAUAACUCGCACGUGUCACGCAAGAUGUCGCAGCGAUAGUAAACGUAGACGAAAAUUUCUCUCUGAUGAAUAAAAUAACUUGACGAAUGUUGCUAGUUCGCACAAUCUGUACGUUAUAAGAAGAACAAUAAAUAUACACGUUCAUAUUUUA